CUUUUACGUUUGCAUCUUAGGCACAAAGUCCCUGGCUUUUAGUGCUGGUAAAGGUGGAGUCUGCUGGAACUCGCCCAAUCGACGGGUCUUAUCGCAAUAUCUCCUCCGAUAUUGUUACAUUGAUCGUCGGUUUUGCAUCCACCAAAGUCACCCGGCUGGUCCGUGAUAAAACAGGCCUCCUCAUUUAUGAUGCGGAGUUCUGAGGUUCAUCCGACGGUCGAAUCCAGGUAUAAAACCUGCCUAUUUUCCACCCUGGUCCUCAUUAUUUCAAUUCCCUCCAACCUUCGCCAGGGUUGAGAUCUGGGCCACCGCCACGUCCCAUGCCGUCCCUUAAGUCAGUGAUUAAUGCUGCCGGCCUGGUCGGUGCCGUCGCCGGCCAGUAUUUUCCCCCAACACCCGAAGGCCUGAAGGUCAUCAAUUCCAAGCAUCAGGAAGGUGUGAAAAUCUCGUACAAAGAACCUGGUAUUUGCGAAACCACCCCAGGCGUCAAAUCGUAUUCGGGUUACGUGCAUCUUCCCCCGGGUACUCUCAACGAUGUGUCACUAGACCAAGAUUACCCCAUAAACACUUUCUUCUGGUUCUUCGAAUCUCGGAAUGAUCCUAGAAAUGCCCCUCUUUCUAUUUGGAUGAAUGGUGGGCCAGGAAGCUCCUCGAUGAUCGGCCUGAUGCAGGAGAAUGGCCCAUGCCGCGUUAACAACGACUCAAAUACCACCGAAAUUAACCCCUGGUCAUGGAACAACUACGUGAAUAUGCUCUACAUUGACCAGCCCAAUCAAGUCGGCUUCAGUUAUGAUGUCCCCACGAACGGUACCUAUGACCAGCUUACGGGCAAGUGGGACAUUACCAGCUAUCCGGACGGUGUCCCGGAACAGAAUAACACGUUUUACGUGGGCACCUUCUCUAGCCAGAACGCAUCGACCGCUGCCAACACCACCGAAAACGCCGCCCGCGCUUUGUGGUCAUUUGCGCAGACCUGGUUCUCCGAGUUCCCGGAGUAUAAACCGCGCGAUGACCGAGUAAGCAUCUGGACGGAGUCCUACGGAGGACGGUACGGGCCAUCUUUCACGGCUUUCUUCCAAGAACAGAACGAGAAGAUCGCCAACGGGUCCAUUGAAAUAGACGAUGCUCACUAUAUUCACCUGGACACCCUCGGAAUUAUCAAUGGCUGCGUCGACCUCCUGGUGCAGUCACCAUCCUACCCCCAGAUAGCAUACAACAAUACUUAUGGUAUUGAGGCCAUCAACAAAACUGUAUAUGAUAUGGCGAUGGAUGCAUGGAGCAAGUCCGGGGGCUGCAAGGAUCAAAUCAUUGAAUGUCGUCGGUUGGCCACAGAGGGAGACCCCAAGAUGUACGGCAACAACGAGACCGUCAACAAGGUUUGUGCAAAAGCGAACACAUACUGCAGCAACCAAGUAGAGGGCCCGUAUUCACUGUACUCUGGUCGAGGCUACUACGAUAUCUCCCAUUUCGAUCCCGAUCCUUUCCCCCCUCCGUACUACUUUGGUUUCUUAAACCAGCACUGGGUCCAGGGAGCCCUCGGUGUUCCCGUCAAUUUCACAGAGUCUGUCGAUAGCGUCUACAAUGGCUUUUCCGCAACAGGUGACUACCCACGCUCAGAUGUACGUGGAUACCUGGAGGAUAUCGCAUACGUGCUAGACUCCGGCAUUAAAGUUGCCCUGGUAUAUGGCGAUCGGGAUUACGCUUGCCCCUGGAACGGAGGAGAAGAAGUGAGCUUGAAGGUGGAGUACUCGGAUGCCGCCAAGUUCCGCUCUGCGGGUUACGCCCCUCUGAAGACCAAUGCAUCGUAUAUCGGUGGUUUGGUACGACAAUACGGAAAUUUCUCGUUCACUCGCGUUUUUGAAGCAGGUCAUGAGGUGCCGGCAUAUCAACCCGAGACGGCGUAUGAGAUCUUCCACCGAGCAUUGUUCAACCGAGACAUUGCAACGGGCAAGGUCUCUAUUGCCAAGAACAACACUUACUCCACUCGCGGGCCCUCUUCGACCUGGAACGUUACCAACACGGUUCCUGACAGCCCUGCGCCUACUUGCUACAUUCUCGAGCUAGGCAGCACUUGCACGAAAGAGCAGACUGCGAGCGUCGUGAACGGAACUGCAGUGAUCAAGGAUUAUAUCGUUGUGGAUACGGAGUCGUCAUGAUGAUAAGAUGCUUUGUCCAUAUUUGAGCGUGUAUUGGCAAUUGCUAGUUGGCAAUACUAUUGUACCUAGAACAUUCCUAUGAAGAACAGAAUAAAGCUGAGAUAGUAUUACAUCAGAAUAGCUGGAUCAUGUGAGAAAUAUGGGGCUUGCCG